AUGGCCACCAACACCACAGAAUCAGUUGCAUGCGGCAGGAAGGACUAUUUCGCUUGUAGUCCUAACAUCACAAUCGACGGGUGUUGUCCGAUAGGAUACGUUUGCGGAGAGAGGACAUGCCACCUCCCAGGUUGGGACGAGAACUUGAGUUCGACGGAGCCUGUAGGGCCAUGUCCCAACUUUGAAGGUUACCGUGCUUGUCACGAGGAUACUGGAGGUGAGCAGUCCUCUCUCUCACCUUUCAUGCGAAGGCCAUCUGUGAGACUAAUCCUCAGCAGGGAACUGUUGCCCAGUCAACUAUGCCUGCCUUUCGACCCUGCAAGCAGCUCAGCGGCUCUCUCUUUGGCACGUCUCACAACACACGUCGAAAGAGGCGCGGGGUCGUCAUCGGCAAUCGUAACAGACACUUCGCCCGAUGCGAUGGGAAGGGACAACCCGCCUAUUAGCUUGCCGUCUCCUGGGGCCCAAGCUGGGACCCGGGAUUCUGGCUUGAGUCAGGGAGCACAGAUAGCGGUUAUCGUCUCUACCACUAUCAUCUUUUUGCUCAUUGCCAUCGGGAUUUAUGUUGUCAUCCGACGACAUCGACGACGGAGUAGACGUGAUAAAAGCCCUGAGGAAAGCCCGCACGUAAUGGAUGAUGAAAAGGAGACCCAAUUAGAGCUAGGCUCCAACGACCAUUUCCCGUGGGAGAUGCCAGCAGACAACGGGACCAUGGAGCUGUCACAUCACAGAGAAGCUUGA